GUGAUCUUUCUUCCCUCUGCCCCGCCUCUCUCACGCCUUUUCUAUCGUUGGUUUGCUCUACUUUUGCUUGUCUUUGGUUGCUUAAAAAGCUCUGCUCUUGCUAUAGAGUAUCGCCUGUCUGUGUCUUCCAUCACCUCAACUACCUCCGGCCGCCUCCGCGUACCUCACCGCUCCUACCCCUCCUCCCUGAGCCUGCAUCAGGAGUAUACUGCCAGAAAGUCUUGCUCUCAGCGGCAAGGCUUUCGUCCACAAGCUUUCACAAUUCCUACGGAAAUUCCCGUUCGUGACGCUGCGAAGCUGGGAAAGCGAAGAGCGUCUGCUGACCACAAAGCUCCGCCGGAGAAGAAGAUCAUGACUGACGCCAUGAUGCAAGUGGAUAAUCCACAGGAAACUGUGGAGGCGAUCAAGCACGGGGAGAUUGACGAGUCGCUGUACAGCCGGCAACUGUAUGUUCUCGGACAUGAAGCUAUGAAGCGUAUGGGCUCUUCCAACGUGCUCGUUGUAGGAUUGAAGGGUCUGGGUGUCGAAAUCGCCAAGAACAUUGCUCUUGCCGGUGUCAAGUCCCUCACGUUGUACGAUCCUGCUCCUGUCGCCAUCUCCGAUCUUUCCUCCCAGUUUUUCCUCCAGCCUCAAGAUGUCGGCAAGCCGCGCGCCGAAGUGACAGCCCCAAGAGUGGCCGAGUUGAACUCCUACGUGCCCGUCACGGUUCACGAGGGCAGCAACCUCGCGGAUAAUCUUGAAGAGUUGAAGCGCUAUCAGGCUGUUGUGCUCACUUUGACUCCUCUGAAGGAGCAGCUUGCGAUCGCCGACUUUUGCCACAAAAAUGGUAUUUACCUCACCAUCACGGAUACCUUCGGUCUUUUCGGAUACCUUUUCAACGACUUCGGAAAGAACUUUACUGUUGGUGAUGCUACAGGUGAGGAGGCUGUCAGUGGAAUUGUGGCGGCUAUCGACGAAAGUGGCUUGGUUUCGGCCCUAGAUGAGACCCGACACGGGCUAGAAGACGGUGAUUUUGUGACUUUCUCUGAGGUGAAAGGCAUGGAGGGCCUUAAUGGCUGCGCUCCUCGCAAGAUUACCGUCAAGGGUCCAUACACGUUCUCUAUCGGAGAUGUGUCUGGUCUUGGAACGUACGACAGUGGCGGUAUCUUUUCGCAGGUCAAGAUGCCCAAGUUCAUGGAUUUCGCUCCCCUCAACGAACAAAUCAGGAAGCCCGAAUUCAUAAUCUCGGACUUUGCAAAAUUUGAUCGGCCAGCGCAGUUGCAUAUUGGUGUCCAGGCACUCCACAAGUUUGCAGAGGCCCAUGGCGGUGACCUCCCUCGCCCUCACAAUGAUAGUGAUGCCCAAGAAGUGUUUAAGAUUGCGAAUGAGCUAGCUUCGACCCUAGAAGACAAAGUAGAGUUGGACGAGAAACUCCUCAGGGAACUGAGCUACCAAGCCCGCGGUGAUCUGAAUCCCUUGGCCGCCUUAUUCGGUGGCAUUGCGGCGCAGGAAGUUCUGAAGGCGGUCUCCGGCAAAUUCAACCCUGUACAGCAGUGGCUGUACUUUGACUCCUUGGAGUCCCUUCCUACCUCCAUCACUCGUUCCGAGGAAGCUUGUAAGCCUCUCGGAUCCCGCUAUGAUGGCCAGAUUGCAGUCUUCGGCAAGGAGUUCCAGGACAAGAUCGCCAACAUCACGCAGUUCCUCGUUGGGUCCGGCGCUAUUGGAUGCGAGACCCUGAAGAACUGGGCCAUGAUGGGUCUGGGAACUGGUCCUAAGGGGAAAAUCAUCGUGACCGAUAUGGACCAAAUUGAGAAAAGUAAUCUUAACAGACAGUUCCUGUUCCGUAGCAGGGACGUUGGCAAACUCAAAAGUGAAUGCGCUUCCGCAGCUGUGGAGGCAAUGAACCCAGAAUUGAAGGGCAAGAUUGUCACGCUCCGGGACCGUGUCGGACCUGACACCGAGCAUGUCUUCAACGAGGAUUUCUGGCAAGGCUUGGACGGAGUUACGAACGCCCUCGACAACGUAGACGCAAGAACCUACGUUGAUCGCCGUUGUGUCUUCUUCAGGAAGCCCUUGCUGGAGAGUGGAACUCUCGGCACUAAGGGCAACACUCAGGUUGUUCUUCCCCGCAUCACUGAAUCAUACUCGAGCUCCCAGGACCCGCCCGAGAAGACUUUCCCUAUGUGCACUUUGAAGAGUUUCCCCAACCGGAUCGAGCAUACUAUCGCCUGGGCCAGAGAUCUCUUCCAGACGUACUUCGUCGGUCCCCCGGAGGCUGUCAACAUGUACCUUUCCCAGCCCAAUUACAUUGAGCAGACACUCAAGCAGGCUGGCAACGAGAAGCAGACUCUGGAGCAUCUGCGUGACUUCCUGGUGACUGACAAGCCUCUUACUUUCGAUGACUGUGUCGUUUGGGCUCGUCAGCAGUUUGAGGCCCAGUACAACAAUGCCAUCCAGCAACUCCUUUACAACUUCCCGCGAGACUCCAAGACCUCCUCUGGCCAGCUUUUCUGGUCUGGACCUAAGCGUGCGCCUACACCUCUGAAAUUCGACAGCUCGAACCCCACUCACCUUUCGUUCAUCAUUGCUGGUGCUAACCUUCAUGCUUUCAACUAUGGAAUUAAGAGCCCUGGCGCCGACAAGGGCUAUUACAGGAAGGUCGUUGACAAUAUGAUUAUUCCUGAGUUCACUCCUAAGUCGGGUGUCAAGAUCCAGGCCAACGAGAACGAUCCUGAUCCGAACGCUCAAGCUAGCAGUUCUUCCUUUGAUGAUGGUCAAGCGAUCCAGCGCCUCGUGGAGUCGCUUCCAUCUCCCAAAGAUCUGGCUGGGUUCCGUUUAAGUCCUGUUGAAUUUGAGAAGGAUGAUGACACAAACCACCACAUCGACUUCAUCACGGCCGCCAGCAAUCUCCGUGCCGACAACUACGACAUUCCCCAGGCUGACCGCCACAAGACCAAGUUUAUUGCAGGCAAGAUCAUCCCGGCCAUUGCCACCACUACGGCGUUGGUUACUGGGUUGGUCGCCCUGGAGCUGUUCAAGAUUAUUGACGGCAAGGACGACAUUGAGCAGUACAAGAACGGCUUUGUGAACCUCGCACUUCCCUUCCUUGGCUUUAGUGAGCCCAUCGCUAGUCCCAAGGGCAAGUACAUGGGUAAGGAGGGUGAGGUGACGAUCGACCAGAUCUGGGACCGCUUUGAGGUUGAUGAUAUCCCCCUCCAAGACUUCCUCAAGCAUUUCUCGGACCUGGGCUUGGAGAUCAGCAUGGUCAGCUCUGGUGUCAGCCUCCUGUAUGCCAGCUUCUACCCGCCGUCCAAGGUCAAGGACCGCCUUCCUAUGAAGAUGAGCAAGUUGGUGGAACACAUCAGCAAGAAGCCGGUUCCCAGCCACCAGAAGAACAUCAUCUUUGAGGUUACUGCAGAGGAUCAGACGGAGGAGGAUGUUGAGAUUCCGUAUGUGAUGGUGAAGCUGCAGUAGAAGAUAAUCCGCAAGCUUCCGAUCCAAGUAAAGGCCCAUGAUCUAUAAUUGGAUUUGUUUAGUCACGCCUUAGAAGCAAUGCCAUAACUCAGUGUUCUUUUUUUC